AUGGAAACUAUGGAGACCCAAAAUUCCAUAACCAAAUAUAUCAUUGUGACUGGAGGAAAUAUGAGUGGGCUAGGAAAAGGGACUGCUAUGAGUAGUUUGGGGGUAUUACUACUGACAAAGAAUAUAUUGUUAACGACAAUUAAAAUUGAUCCAUAUUUAAAUAUCGACGCUGGAACAAUGUCUCCAUAUGAGCAUGGAGAAGUAUAUGUAUUAGAAGAUGGUGGGGAAGUUGAUUUAGAUUUAGGGAAUUAUGAAAGAUUUUUAAAUAUAAAAUUGACUUAUAAAAAUAAUAUAACAUCAGGAAAAGUAUAUGAGCAAGUAAUAAAAAAAGAGAGAAAAGGAGAAUAUUUAGGAAAGACUGUCCAAGUAGUGCCACAUGUAACUGAUGCAAUACAAAAAUGGAUAAAAGAUGUUAUUGACGAAAAUAUUAAAAAAAUGAUAAAAGAAUAUAAUAUAACAGAUAUUGAUCAAAUACCUUGUAUAUGUUUAAUAGAAGUGGGAGGAACGGUAGGUGAUAUUGAAUCAGCUGUGUAUUUAGAAGCAUUACAACAAUUAACAAAUAAUUUAAGAAGUGAUGAUGUAUGCUUAUGUCAUUUAUCACAUGUACCUAUAACAGGAAAUCUCAAAGAACAAAAAACAAAACCAACACAACAUAGUGUUAAAAUUUUAAGAGAAGCAGGGUUAAAACCAGAUUUUAUAUUUUGUAGAUGCGAACAGCCAUUAAAUGAAGAAGCUAAACAAAAAAUUUCUUUAUUUUCACAAGUAAAAAAGGAGCAUGUUAUAUCAUUACAUGAUACAUCUAAUGUAUAUAAAGUACCUUUAAUAUUAGACCAACAAAAUUUUUGUACAAAUGUUUUAAAAAAAUUAAAUCUAGAACAUAUUGUUUUAAAAAAUAAAUUUUAUAUUGCUCCAUAUUCAUAUAAUACAUGGAAGCAAUUAUCAGAUAGAUAUGAAUCAUCUAAUGAAAUUGUAAAUAUUGGAAUUGUAGGAAAAUAUACAGCAUCUAAUGAUACAUAUCUUUCUAUAAUUUCAGCAUUAGUACAUGCAUGUAUAGAGUGUGGUUAUAAAUUAGUUAUUAAAUAUAUUAAUAGUAGCCAUUUGUCAUUAAAAAAGAAAAAAAAAAAAAAAACGAUAGAUUUAAAAAAAAAAAUAAAUAAAUAUCAGUAUGAUAUAUGCUUAGAUAAUGAUAAUGACUCAAGCCCAAAACAUACAUUUGUAGAUGAAACUACAACUGAUGAAGAUUAUGAUAAAAAAAGGAAACUUAAAUAUGAUAAUGCAUGGAAUACAUUAAGAUCCGUUGAUGGUGUAUUAGUACCAGGUGGAUUUGGUACACGUGGCAUAGAAGGAAAAUACCUUUCUUCACAAUAUUGUAGAUUAAAUAAUGUACCAUAUUUAGGCAUAUGCUUAGGUAUGCAAACAUCAGUAAUAGACGUAACUAGACAAUUUUUGAAUAAAUGUGCAAGCUCAGAAGAGUUUGAGGAUGUAGAUGAAGGAAAAUCUACUUCAGGCAAUGAAAAUGAAUAUAAACGUGAAAGUAAUGAUGAAAAAAAUAUAAAUUGCUAUUACAAUGGAAUGCCGACUCAAAAAUAUAUAGAUAAUAUCCCUAAUAAAUUAGCAGAAGAUAAAUUACAAGAAAAGAUUAAGUUAAUGGGUAUAACAGAUUAUUAUAAAAGCAUAGACGAAAUUGAUAAUAAUAAUGUUAUAAUUUCUAUGGAUGGAUUUAAAGGGGAUGAUAAAAAAGGUGGUACUAUGCGACUCGGUGUAAAAAAAUCACAAAUCAUUGACAAAGAUUCAUUAAUGUAUAAAUCUUAUGAUGAAGCAACAUAUAUUUAUGAAAGACAUCGACAUAGAUUUGAAAUUAAUCCUAAAUAUGUCCCAUUACUAGAAGCAGUGGGAUUAAGUUUUGUAGCAAAAGAUUCUGAUAGUGUUCGAAUGGAAGUCUGUGAAAUUAAACAUUUAGAUUUCUAUGUAGGUGUUCAAUUUCACCCUGAAUUUACAUCAAGACCUUUUAAAACCAACCCUAUAUUUUUAUCUUUCAUAUUAGCAUCAAAAGGAAUGUUAAAAGAUCGACUAAACAAGUUUGGAAACAAAUUAUAUUCAGGAAGUCUUUAUAGCAAAUUUUAA